AUCACAUAUGAAUAAAAAUACGAUCAUUUGGUUCUUUCUUUUUUCUCUCUGUUUCUGUCUAGCAGCCAUUUUACUCUUCUCUUUUCAAUUAAUUUUUCCAAUUAAUUAAAGAAUUUAAAUUAACCAACAAUCAUCUUGUUUAUUCCAUAUGUCUACCGUUCAUCCAUUAAACUAAACAUCAACACAACUCAUCAUCUGAACCAAUUAUUGUCCUAAAAUGGUUAGUAUUGUGUCUUCAUGGAUCAAACAAAGAGAUUAGAAUUCAGAAAGAAUGAGAUCUUAUGAAAAAUUGCGAUUUCAAUGCAGGUCACCAGUGUUUUUGCUCACUCAUCUUCAAAAGGCCGCAUCCUGUUGCUCUUUGCCCUUUUGUCUGUACCAAAGUGAUGAAUAUUCUGGAUAACCCUCGUAGUAUGGAAUGGACACCGCAGUGUUUUUUUAGAUUGUACAAUCUUUACCUUUCACUUAAAUACAAUGGAGCUGUAUAUCAAGAAUAUAUGUGGAGAAGCUAUGAUGAUGUGGACUCUAUGGUCGCAAUUUGGCGUGAAAAAGGUUCUCAUUUCAACGAUAACCAAUCAAUUGAUAAUCUCAUCAACCAAGUUGAUAAUCUUCGUCUAAAUGGUCAGCCGAGCCAAGAAUUCCCUUCAUUUUCGCUGAAUCUUAGCCAAAAACGUUUAUGCGAAAUUUUCUACAAGCGGUCGUCAUCAGUUCCUUUUGAUUUAUCAUUAUUAGCAACAUUGUUCAGUUAUUUAGAAGAUAAUCUUGAUCAUUCCUGGUCAAGUGUUGCAGCCAUCACAGCGUAUAAUCAACAUUGUGAACAUAUCGAAAGCGAAAGUUAUAACGAUCAAUACCACAAGAAGCGACUCAAUGAUUUAUCUUAUUCACUACCAAUAAAAUCAGAAUAAUUUUAUUUUAUCGUUUCUAAUGAGCUAUAUGAUAAUAACUUUUAUUCUGAAUUAAAAUAUUAAACUUA